AUGACAAUCGAACCGGAAAAUCGCAACAGUCCGGCCAGAACGUCCUUUUCCGCCAGAAGGAGCGUGGACGCUGCGGUCACCAGUCAGCCCAGAACUGCGCCUGCGGCAACAACCUCCCACAGACACAGGUCCUCCAGUGAAUCGCGCAGUCCAGGCAAUAGCCGAUUCUCCUGGGUGAGAAGACUCAUGAACAACACCAAGACGUCGAGUUCCCCGGUGAAUCCACAAUUGCGUGCCAAUUUGCAGGAGAGUGGCAGCCGCGCCGUUGUUCCCCGGAUGCAGCAGCGGCCGGUGCGAACAAGAAGUGUUUCUGCUGGUGGGACUCCAUCGAGUGGUCCUUCCAACAUUGACGCUAUCAGCAAUGGAGGGACUUCAAGAACGUCUUCUUUGGCGGCGAGUUCCAUUGAGAACGCCAGUACUGCGCCCAUGAUAUCAGUGUCGUCCAUGUCCGUGACGUCUGGUGAGGGCGACACAGAUUCCAAUUCGGUUGGGCUUUCUACCACGGCCACCUCCAUUGCCCCCACCACUGCAGGCACUUCAGUGACAAACAACCCGGGGAUCAUCACGUUCAAUAACUAUUACGGUUAUACUCCAACCCCCAGCAUCGCGCCUUCGAACCCUGCUACCCAGGGCACCAACAUGGACAACUCCUCUAUCGUGACUUUGGCAAGCUCUACGCGAAAUAGGAGAAGGCGGAGCAUGGACACAAAUGCAAGUACAUUGGGAAUCCCGCCGGCAAGUAUCUACGAGAGAAUGACCUCCACCACCACUCCGUUGCAUGCUCCCAGCAUCCAUGCUAGCGUGGCAAACCGCGCCACCGCUACGAUUGACGAUAGUCUAGACCAGGGUACCGGAGAUAACAAUUCUUCAAUACCAAACUCGGAUGGCAUGUCUAACAACGACAUCACGAGUAUAAGGUCCCUGAAGUCGUAUACGACAACAUGGACUGCCAAGACAGGGGAAUGA